CCCUGAUGAGGACUGCUGGUCCACUGAUGGACCCUGAUGAGGACUGCUGGUCCACUGAUGGACCCUGAUGAGGACUGUCGGUCCACUGAUGGACCCUGAUGAGGACUGCUGGUCCACUGAUGGACCCUGAUGAGGACCCUGAUGAGGACUGCUGGUCUACUGAUGGACCCUGAUGAGGACUGUCGGUCCACUAGGAACAGUCUCAGUCGGGACGUCUGUGAACUGGCUCUGGACACCAACACAGUGAACAGAUUUCUCACACUGUCGGACAACAACAGGAAGGUGAUGCUCGUGAAACAGAUCCAGGCGUAUCCUGAUCAUCCGGAUAGGUUUGACUACUGGCCUCAGCUGAUUUGUCGGACUGGUCUGACUGGUCGCUGUUACUGGGAGGUGGAGUGGAGAGGAUGGGUUUAUAUAUCGGUAAGUUACAGAAGAGUCAGACGGAGAGGAGACAGAGACGACUGUGUUUGGAUAAAAAACGCCGUCUCACGGUGGUCACUUCCUGUCGACGUUACAGAGGAGAAGCACAGAGAGUCGUUGACUAGAGAUGAUACGCCGUCUCACGGUGGUCACUUCCUGUCGAUGUUACAGAUCAGAAGCACAGAGAGUCGUUGACUAGAGAUGAUACGCCGUCUCACGGUGGUCACUUCCUGUUAAUCACCAACUUUACAGAAUAGAGUGUUGACAGUAGUUUUUGUUUCAACUUGCCUGGUCGUGAAUCUUUGGUCUGAACUGGACUUUACACUUAAUUGGUUCUUUUCUAAUGACUUUUGGCUUAUACUUUAAUUUACACAUAUACAUAUAUAUAUAUAUAUAUGUAUAUGUAUACAUAUAUAUAUAUAUAUAUAUAUAUAAAUUGUACAUUUCUGUUAAUUUACUUUAAUUUCUUGGUCUGGAUCUCUUGUUCAAUUCUGCAGUCUUUGCUUUUAUCUUUUUGUUUUUAUGCAUGAUUGUUGAUAUUUCACAGAGGAGGUAUUUUCAUGAGCCAUUUUAGCUCCGAACCUCUGCUGCACAAUGGUUUAACUUCUAAUUUCUUUUUCCGUCUUUUCGA